CCAACUUUUAGGGAGACAAAGAAAAAUCCCCCACAAAACAGCGCAUUUAGCCGACCCGCGUGAAGCAGCCGACUUUCGACGGAUUGUAGGACAAGUGAGGCAAGGAGCCUUCUCCAAAAAAAAAAAAUAGUCAAGGGAGAUUAUUUUCGUAGCGCGAAGCGGUUUGAGCGAUUUCACCAUGGCGUAUAUACUGCUGCGACGAAAAUGGAGGUCGACGAGGGCAAUGUAUAUCGUGAUGAUAGCGGAGCUGUUGGGAACUGUAGCGGUUUUGGUCAUGUUCGGCGUUGCGCAGCCCGACCUGUACCGGACCAAGUUAUGGCGCGCCGGCCACGAACUCGGCUUCAAUUCCAGCCCCAAUGUGAUUCUGUGGGCGUACGCCAACUACGAGCCACUGCCCAAAUUGCCAUUUGUCUGGUCGCAAACUAUAACCGACUUCAACGUCGCCAUCUCCGUCCUCAGUCUGUUCCUCCUGCUGUCAAAGCUUAUCGCCUUCAUCAUGCACGUCUGGUUUCCGAUCGUGGCCCUAUUCAUCAACCUCGCACUAGCUGCUCUGUACUCGGCAAGUCUGGGUGGUCAAGCCGGCCCCGAUUAUCUCGACCCAGACCAUCCAAGCCGCGUUGCUUGGUACAUCGCUAAGCCAUGCACCGUCGCCGCAAACCAGGACAUCCAGAGCUCCUGCCGCGAGGCCAAAGGCGCUUUUGCCGCCGCGUGUUUCAUGCUCUCUAUCUACGUCAUCAACCUCGGCCUAAACAUCUGGGCCCUGCUACCAAACGAGGCCGACAAGCAGAACUUCAAGGACGACGACGACGAGUCUGGUUCGCCCGCCGCCCUGAAGAAGGGAGACGGGUGGGAGAUGCAAGGGGUCCCGCCGACGCCGAGGACCGGGGCCAUGCCGUACACGCCGCGGACGAUGGCCUUUAAUACGCUCGAUAGAAAUCUUCCGCUGCGGAAUCAGUACGCAUGAAAUGCCUAGGUACCUACUGGGGUCGUUGGGUUUGAAAAAAAGGAAAAACAGAAGAAAAAGAAAGAAGAAGAAAAGGGAUACAGUAUCUCCUCGAGGGCUAUUAUAACGGUUGUUCAUCUCGCUCCGGAAGCGAAUUGGUAGCGGGGCACGGCAUUAUAUUCCCAGCCCCUACAGGAUGAAGCUUACAACGGGAAAGGGAAAGG